GUUUUUUUUGUUCUGUCGGUUUAUGUUAUGUGUAUGUGUGUGUGUAUGCUCGUGCCAGCCAGCGGAGUGGAUAUGGUUCACCUUGCAGUGGCCACCUGUAAGCCAUCGUCAAAAAUUAGCCUCUUUAGUCUUGAUGGGUUGCAGAGCAGAGAGGGAAAAAAAAGCGGUGAGAAUGUGGUAGGCGGACUGCUCGUGGGGUUUUCAAAGACGUGCGUGCACGAGACAGAGCAGUGUGGAUACAAGCUUGGCAACACAGGUACUGAGCGUCCCAACUGCAAGGACACACAGUAUUCCCUGUGUUCCGACGAACAGACGCGCAUAUAAAGCUAUUCGUGGCAGAAUGUCCUCUCUUCCAGUGACAAAUGCCCUUAACCCCAGUGCGGGUGAAUGUCAGUCAUCAGCUUGGAGCUUCGAGGUAUUGGCAAGUAACCCACUUCCUUCGUUCGCCCCUCGCUGUUUCCAAUAGACGGGGAGUCGGAUUCAUUUUACAGCUCUGUGGCGCUACAGACUUCUGGCUUUGCAUCAACUGAGAAUCAUUCCACUACUGUCGACUACCAGUGUAGCCACACUGAGCCAAUGGAACCGGCCGUGAACCCCUGCCAACCCAGGCCCACUUGAUGAUGGCAGUAAUGUGUUUACUUCUGCAGCUAAUAUAUUGGACUUUUGCAAACAUCACAACAUGGACCUCAAAAUCCACAGAGACCCUUUGAAUGUGCCGUGCCAAAGGAGACGUCCUGGUUUACUCAAACCAGUUGGGUUUGAAUCACAGAACGACCUGCCGUGGACGGUGGAGGAUGCCCCACUUAAGGACGUCCACCUGUGCAAGCACGACCUGAGAGGACCUUUAAGAGCUGGCCUGUAGUCAGCCAAAUGUCAGAGCAGUCCACUUCUCCUGUUGUUCCUUCGCCUGCUGUGCAUUUGUUUCAUCGUCUCUACAUCUGAGUGCCACUUCAGCUGGAUGUGACUUAGGACCCUGAGUGAAGAAAUUCUUGUGAAAUUCUCUUUCCUGAUUGGAUGAGAAUAUGAGGACUUAGUUUUCCUUUCUCCCCUUUUAUGUACACUUUUUUGUACUGAGUGAGUGUGCUUGAGUGAGUGUGUGUCGUUCCCGUGAAACUUUUGGGGGUUUUCACCCAUUAAUCGCUCCACCGUGCUUUUUCUUUUUUUUGCAGUGCUCAGUUUUUUUGGGGGUUUUUUUCAGUCUGAAUAAAGUCUGUUUUCAUGAGAACAUCGACCGCAUUUGUUGAAUCCCGAUGUGAACGCUGACAUGGAUGGUGUUAUUGGUAAAUUGGAGCGCUACACUGCCUAUUUUCACAAGAUUAAUGUUUCACCGCGGCUAAUGCUGAGUACAACAAUAGACUCUUGAAAGAAUUCUUCCCACUUUUCAUGGUCUACCAAUCAUCUCUCUCUCUCUCUCCCUCAUAAACUCAGCCAGAUGUUGCCCAGUUUUCUUCCUAGGGGAACGUGGGUGGAUGAGGGGGGUUGACGGAGGUGCAAGGCAUUGCAAGGGAGGAGCACUGACGUGCACUUCAACACAGUUAUGGCGCUUUAGCAUUCAACAUGGGUGCAAAACAGAAAUAUUGGCUGAUCAACUGAUUUAUUCUGAAGCUCGCUUUUUCCGUUUCAGGGUUCAGUCAUGAGAAGAUGGUAGACUGGUUUAUCUCAUGUCUAAUUCAACAAUAGGAUGCAUUUCACCACAAAAAAGGGCAGGUUCUGCGAUUAUUGAACUGAAGAGGAAAAAAUGGGAUGUUCUUUUUAGCAGCUUAGGAUGCGGUUCCCUCUUCCAGAAACUCAACUUUUCCCAGCUAGCCAAUGUAAGUAUCCCAGUCCACUCACUUAAAAUUACCCAUAUGCUUGGAGGGUAAGAUGACUUUUACCAUAGUAGAUGGAGCCCAACUUAACUGAGAGAAUAUCGCUGUGGCCUUCAGCAGAGUGUGAGGCUGUGAAGCAGUGAGAUAAUGUAUCGUAUAAUAAAAAGGCUCUAGCGCUCAUUGACCUCCAGCUGACGAGAGCAGCUUGUGAAAGCACCAGUGUCGACCAAUCUUCUCUUGACUUUACUGAGUGGUAACUGGAUCUGCGGCCAGUGAAAAAUCCGGACUCUGCUCUGGUAUGGAUUGGUGCUUUAUAAGUUUAUUUUAGGAAAUAGAGAAGCCUGUUUUGUUGCAGUCUGUUCGAACCCUGCGCCGCCUCUUGCUGACAUAUUCACCUCCACUGAAAUUCCUUGCAUCUUGGAGGAAUGGCGAUGCGCAUGCGCUCUCCGGAGGUCUCGCUCCGCGCAUCCACGCUUGCUUGAGAGAGAGGUGGCGACUGGAGCAGGUGAGGGAGAAAGGCGAGAGAAGGCGGAACAGUCGCUGAUACUUCUCGUCUCCACUCCGACACACACACUCAAACACACACACGCAGGAGGAGGACAGACCCUCAGCAAAGCCGCUGUUGUUCACACGCUGGGUUCCUUUCCUCUUUGGCACUGUGCGCACAAGCCAACCGCACUGUUUGGACUGUUUUGGAACGUAUUGUCUGGAGAGUGGUUGUUGUCGCAUCGACACAAUCCGCUCCGAGAGGAGGAUAUCGAGCACUUGUUGACUGGAGAAUCGUCAGACUGGCUUUUAUCUGUUGUGUGCGCGCAGAAUGGAAGUGAAAUUAAGAAGCCGUUUGUGGCGUGGAUCACCGUGGGGAUCUUUGUGCAGGUAAAAGAAUGACCUGAACCUUUGGAGGUACGAACGAGUCAGUCUUUGAUUUAGUCCGGUUCAGUCUUAAUCUGGAGUCCUGCUCCCCAUCAACGCCGCUUUUUGAAAAUCAAACACCGUUUGUGGCACUGUUGAGUUUCCGUUUCAGGAACUGAUCGAACUCUUACAAACUUUUGGACCACCCUUUCAACCUCGCGAGUUCCCAGGUCUGUAGAGCUCUGGGUCAGAAGUCUGGAAUCUAAAAUCCACCUGGACUGAACUGGGAUUAUUAGUUCGAUUCAAAAGUGGAUUACAACUUCUGACUCUGACCGGCAGCAGUAUGAAGCUGGGGCUCGGCUGUGUGUGUCGGCCGUCUUGCUGGCCCGUGGGCAGCCAGCUGGACUCCAGGAACUUUGUCUUCGCCCUCACGCUCCUCACGCUGCUAAUGCAGGUGGUGGUGGAGGCCAACUCUUGGUGGUCGUUGGCAAUGAACCCUCUGCUGAUCCCCGAGGCCUACAUCAUAGGUGCCCAGCCUCUGUGCAGCCAGCUGGCCGGUCUGUCGCAGGGCCAGAAGAAGCUAUGCCAGCUCUACCAAGACCACAUGCAGUACAUCGGUGAAGGCGCCAAGACCGGAAUCAGAGAGUGCCAGUACCAGUUCAGACAUCGGCGGUGGAACUGCAGCACGGUGGACAACUCUUCUGUCUUUGGACGGGUCAUGCAAAUAGGGAGCAGAGAAACGGCUUUCACCUACGCCAUCAGCGCUGCCGGGGUGGUGAACGCGGUGAGUCGAGCCUGCAGAGAGGGGGAGUUGUCCAGCUGCGGGUGCAGCCGUGCCGCCCGGCCCAAGGAUCUGCCGCGAGAUUGGCUCUGGGGUGGCUGCGGAGACAACCUUAACUACGGCUACCGAUUUUCCAAGGAGUUUGUGGAUGCUCGGGAGAGGGAGAAAAGCUACCCCAAAGGCUCACAAGAAAGCGCCCGACUCAUGAUGAAUCUGCACAACAAUGAGGCCGGAAGACGGACGGUGUCAGAUCUUGCUCAUGUGUCCUGCAAGUGCCACGGAGUGUCUGGUUCCUGCAGCCUGAAGACCUGCUGGCUGCAGCUGGCAGACUUCCGCAAGGUGGGUGAGAAGCUGAAGGAGAAGUACGACAGCGCCGCGUCCAUGAAGCUCAACAGCCGUGGCAAGCUAGUGCCCAUGCACAGCAAGUUCAACCCUCCAACCAGCCACGACCUGGUCUACAUCGAGGCCAGUCCGGACUACUGCCACAAGAACCAAACCACUGGGUCGCUGGGGACAGUGGGACGCCUUUGCAACAAGACCUCGGAGGGGAUGGAUGGCUGCGAGCUCAUGUGCUGCGGCCGCGGCUACGACCAGUUCAAGGCUCAGAUAGUGGAGCGCUGCCACUGCAAGUUUCACUGGUGCUGCUACGUCAAGUGUAAGCGCUGCACCAAAAUUGUAGACCAGUUCGUCUGCAAGUGAGAGCGAGUGACGGCGCCAGCGAGGCCAUCACAGGGAGAGAAUGGAAGAAAGAAACUAUAUAAAUUAUAUUUAUAGAGUUAAACAAUUAUGCUUUUGCAAAAAGACUGACUUUUUUGUUUUUUUUUAGAAAAAAAAAAUCUUGUGUUUUUCAGAAACUGUCAUGAAAUAUUUAUUUGAGAUUGCUAUGUUUUAUUCUGGCCGAGUCAUCACCAGCUAAUUUUUAACCUUUUUAUUUUUUUUUUUUAAGUGCCUGAUAAUGGUCGGAGAAAUUUUCCGCCCAGAUUUGAAAGCGGUCGAGGUGCGGCUCCGCGGUGCUGUCGUUUACAGAUGUGUUUUCUGGGUCCACUUCCACACAAGCUAUUGCAUCCCUGCCUUCCCGCCGUGAACACUGAUCGCGCUCGGAUGUAAAAGUCGGGAGGAGGGGUCCUCACCAUCUGUAAGCUGUCCCCGAAAUGUGCUCCAACAAGCCCCUACAUCAUGAUGCACUUUGAUUCAGAUGCUCGUCUGAUCAAUUACUUUUAGUACAACUGCAAAAUGUAUCCAUAUUAUAGCCUACACUGUUUUCCAUAUUAAUUCAGAUUAUCCAUUUAACAGUAGUCUACAAUACUUACUGAGGUUUGAGUAUAUACGGGCAAUGUUGUGGUUAGCGCGGUGAAGUAGUCAAUGUUCUGUGUGUAUAUAGUCUGUCUAUUCAGUCAAUCAGUGUAUUUAUUUUUUUGAACCAGUCCCUCUCAUGGCUCCACGGAUCAUCGCCAUCAAGUCAUCGUAGGUCCAGCACGUUUGGAAUCCAUCACUGCGUUUCACGGUUUUGUUUUGUUUUCUUCAAAGGGAAAUGCACCUUAUCGUUCCACGACACACUCUCUUUCUCACCAUGUUGUCUUUAACACUCACGUUCCGAUACCACUCUUCUGGCCAGCCCUGUGAUGAUCUGGAUAAACCCUUCAAUCCAACUGUAUAUUUAAAAACAUGAACUUGAGGUUGGCUCAACUUAAAUGUGUUAUAGCGGAUAUUUUGUUACCUUUUCAAAAUUGGCUCUACUUUGUUUCAAUAAAUAUCAAAUAUAAAAACCAGCUAACGGGAAGUCACUCUACGUUUUUUUUUUUUUCUAAUUAAAAUGGAUUUGUGGAGAGCAUACAACUGUGCACUUCCUUGUGCCGACCUAGCGGACACAGCCACUGCAGUGAAUGGGACGGGACUCUCUAGUAAAGCUGCAGUUCGGAGAUUCCCAAUUCCGCAAUAAUCUGUGUUAUUGCACUGCGGGGGGUACGUUUUCACAACUCAUUUGGGAAAAAGUCAUUAAGAUCCAAUGCAUCAGUGGAUCAGUUGCUUUAAAGAGCACAGCUUCACAUGGAUGUGUUUUUAAGUUGAAUGUGGGAGCGUUGCCUUAAUAAAGAUAGGACUAGGUGGCGUCCCUCUGGGCCCUGGUUGUGGCUUCCUUUGACACAAGUGAUUAAUCGCGGUUUUCUGGUCGUU